AUGGAGGGGAGUUGGAUCCGAGGAGCCGAUGAUCCAAACGAUUAUGAAAUUGGGAGAGAAGGGGGGCGCCGGAUUAUCCAGCCCAACAAGAAGAGAAUUUGCGAUGGGCGAUUAUGUCAUCUGAAUCAAAUUUUUUACCAAGCUGCUUUGAAAGAUGAUUGGAGAAUGGUUAAACCUUUUUUAGAAGUGGAUCCAAGUUUGGCUCAUGUUAAGAUAGCAAAAGGGGGUGAAACAAUUCUUCACAUAAGCACCCGACUUGUGCGAGAGCUAGUGAAACUGAUGGAAGUAGGUGACUUGGAAGUGAGAAAUGAUGAUGAAAGCAGCUGUGCUCGGCAACAAAGAUAUGGACAUAUGGUAUCAUUUCUUUUCGAUGUCACACGUCUUGAGGAUCUACACGAGAAAGAUCUCUUUGUGCUUCUUGAAGAAACAAUCCAGAAUGACAUGUACGAUAUUGCAACAAAAAUAUUUGACAAGUACAGAUUUCUUGCCACUACAAUAGAAGGAAAUCGGUCAGUCUUUAAUGCGUUAGCUAAAAAAAGACUUUAGCAACAGUAGCAGAAAUCUAGAAGGGAAAUGGGACAGAUUCAUUCGUAUGCUCAGGCUAAAAACUGGAUUUAUACGAGCAAGAGGAAUGCUUAUUACUGCAGUUUCCAGGAUACCGUUCAUUUCAUUGCAGGAAGAAGAGUGCCUCCAUCAUUUCUCCGGGUUUCUGGAGCAGCUCUUCCACUGCAAAGAGAGUUAUUGUGGUUUAAGGAAGUGGAGAAGAUUGUACCACCUUCACUCCACAGGAUGAGAAACAACGAUGGGAAAACUCCGAGGCAAUUUUUCACAGAGGAGCACCAACUUUUACUCAAAGAAGGUGAAAGGUUGAUGAAAGACACUGUGAAUUCUUGUAUGAUUGUUGCAACUUUGAUUGCCACAAUGGUGUUUGCUGCUGGCUUCACUGUGCCAGGCGGUAAUAACGACGAUGAAGGUACGCCGAUAAUGCUACAAUUGAAGGGAUUUACAGUUUUUGUCAUAUCAGAUGCAGUGGCACUAUUCAGCUCAAUUGUUUCCAUCAUUAUGUUCUUGUCCAUUCUGAUGUCUCGCUAUGCUGAAGACGAUUUUCUUGUGUCAUUGCCUGCCAAGUUACUGUUUGGACUCUCGACACUCUUUGCCUCGAUAGUUAGCAUGCUCGUGGCUUUUGCAGCAACCUUCUUCUUGAUCUAUAAUAAUCAUAGGGCUUGGGGGCCAAAGCUCAUUGCUGCUUGUUCUGGUGUUCCUGUAGCUUUGUUUGGGUGUUUACAGUAUAAGCUGUGGUUUGAUGUGGCAAAGUCAAUAAUCAGGUCCAAGUUUCUUUUUAAACCGGGAAAGUACAGUCUCUAUUAACAACAGAUCCUUCGACUUAAAGUGGAUUAGUCAAUGUCAUUGGGAUGGCUUAAUGUAGUAUUGGAACUCCGAUGAUCUCAAAAAUCCUUCAACAAUCAACUCUGAUAACAAAUGUCCUCUAAUAAUGGAGAGGGUCUAUCCUUACAUAUUGAUGGAUCUUUUGCAUUUGUUGAGUAAAGAAGAAGACAUGGCAUGCUAGAUCUGUUGGGAUUAAAGAUUGGUGAAUGAGAAAUGGAGGGAAGAAAGUGGAGGGAAGGUGAGCUCCCUUUUGCUUUGGAAAGAGCAAGUGUCCCUCCUUGGUGGUGGAAAGAAAAGUGAAUGAGCUUAUAUUGAGAAAGCACUUCUCUUGAUGUUAAAUGGGUUGGAAAGAAAUGCUACGAAUACUUCUAAAGAAUUAUGGGACGCACUUGAGAAGUACAAGACUGAAGAUGCAUGCUUGAAGAAAUUUGUGGUUGCCAAGUUUCUAUACUAUAAAAUGAUAGACAGCAAAGCCGUUGGAAUCCAAGUUCAAGAGCUUCAACUUUUUUUCACGACCUUAUUGUUGAAGGUAUGGUUGUGAAUGAAGCAUUUCGAGUGGCUGCAAAGAUUGAUAAAUUGCCUCAUUCGUGGAGAGAUUUUAAAAACUAUCUUAAGCACAAGCGCAAAGAAAUGAAGUUGGAAGAUCUUGUGUUUCGUCUCAAGAUUGAGGAAGACAACAAAACAGCCGAGAAGAAGUCUCGUGGAAAUUCAACGAUUAUGGGAGCUAAUAUUGUUGAGGAGACUGCUCCAAAAAGUAAGAAGAGGAAGAGGUCUUUUGGACAGACUAAGGAGCAGAACAAAAAGAAAUUCAAGGGCAACUGCUACAAUUGUGGAAAAGCUAGUCACAAAACCCCUGAUUCUCGUCUCCCGAAAAAGGAUAAGAAAAAGGGACAUGCCAACAUAGUGGAGAAUGAUGACAUUGAUUAUCUGUGUGUAAUGCUUUUGGAAUGCAACCUAGUUGGAAAUCCGAAGGAGUGGUGGAUUGAAUCUGGAGCCACUCAACAUGUUUGUGCUAUCAAAGAAGCAUUUGCGACUUACUCUACUGCUGGUCCCGAAGAAGAGCUUUCCAUGGAAAAUACUACAAUAGCUAAGAUUGAAGGUUAUGGGAAGAUAUUC